GCCGGGCGGUUCCAGUGCCAUGAUGUAGAGUGCGCUAGUGUCGCGUGUGUGUGACCUUUGGAUAUAUGUGGCCAGGAAACUAGUGACUCACGGUGUAGCCUGUGAUGCCAUGUAUCUAGGCAGUGUUUCGGCUGUGCCGGACAAGACCGAGGACUCUAGCAUGACUCAUUGUCCAGUCUCAAGGACAAUAUCGUUCCUAGGAGUCGCUAUCCUCGUCCAUCUCAUUGUCAUCACCUCAUUGGCUGAUAGAGGGCCCUCAGAAGAAAGCCAGGAUGAGCUGCCUCGAAGCAAGCGGAGUGUGGAGUCCAAGCACCAUCGGAACGUGGAAAACACAGUAGGGCAAGAGAGUGCUACCCGCAGUGCAGUGUUCGCUACAGAGAACUCUACUGUUGUGACCGCUCAGAUGGCAAGCACAGCAACGCUGCCCUGCACCGUCAGAAAGUUUGGCACGGGCGUUGUGUCCUGGAUUAGACGGAAGGACUUCCAGCUGUUGACUGUAGGACUAGCCACAUACAGCAGUGAUGAUAGGUUUAUGGUAGAACAUGCCAGGCAUCUCCAGAACUGGGGUCUCCAAAUACACAAGGUGCAGAAAUCCGAUGCUGGAAUGUACGAAUGUCAGGUUUCUACCCAUCCUCCAACAAGUAUAUUCGUUGAGCUGAAAGUCAUAGAGGCAAUCGCAGACAUUCUCGGCUCGCCAGAUCUCCACAUCAAGAGCGGGAGUCAGCUGCGGCUGGUUUGUACUCUAAGACACAGCACAGAGGCCCCCGUCUAUGUGUUCUGGUACCACGGGGACAGGAUGAUCAACUACGACAAGGAGAGAGGGGUCAGCGUGAGGAGCGAUCGCAAGAGUAGUGUGUUGGCGAUCAGCACAGCUGACAAGACUGACAGUGGCAACUACACGUGUGUACCCUCCAAUGCUAAACCUGCCACCAUCAACGUGCACGUGCUCAACGGCACGGUGGACGGUGAGAAGCCAGCUGCGAUGCAGCACGGCGGUAGAAACUACGCGUCACAGCUGACUACAACCACGUUACUACUGAUGACGUCAGCAGCCUCUCUCAUCAGAUGAUCUUGCUGAACAAGACAGUAAAAGGAUUGGUGCUAGUUGUACAACGUAGAGCCAACGGUGUCCAGCUGGAGAAUGUAACCAAAGUUUGAAAAAGUGUGUAACAUUCUCCACUGGCACGCCUGGAACUUUAUGGACAAGUCUUUUCAUAUCCUACAUGUUUUCUCGUCUGUUUUACUAAUGCAGACUAUUAGGUUGUUAAGGCAACAAUGUGAUAAAGUAUACUGAAGGUGUGAGGCGAGCCGAUAUUUUUCUCGAUUGUAUAUAGUGUUGUUGAAUUGUUGAUGGGUUCCGCAAUAAUGCGUUAAUGUUGCUGUGGUUUACUAAGAAUUGAUAGUGAAGUAAUGUAUUACUUUUUUGGUUUUAUUUGUUAGUUUAUAAAAACGUAUAAUUGACCCUAAGUGUUGGUUUUUUGUAAAACGUGAGAUGAAUAAAAGUUUCAAAAGUUUUUGGA